CUACUAUUACCUGGAUGCUUUCUGGUUUCCUGACUGAAAAGUUGUUUAUUAGAGCACUUACUUCAUAUCUGAAAGAAUUUUCCUUCUCAAAUGCUAACCAAGAUGAUCUCUGGACUCACAUACAGAUGGUCAUAGAUGCACAGGAUAAAGUUCAGUUGCCAGCACCUGUAAAACAAAUAAUGGAUUCCUGGACAUGCCAAAAUGGGUUUCCAGUUUUAACAUUAAAUCUAACCACUGGCACAAUCACUCAGGAACAAUUUCUUAAUAAAAAAAAUGAAAACAGUACUGAUACUUACAACAACACAUGGAUUAUUCCUAUUUCUUGGAUGAGAAAUGGAUCAUCACAGCCCUUAAUAUGGCUAGAUAACAGCAGCAAAGUGUUUCCUGAAAUGCAAGUAUCAGAGUCAGAAUAUGACUGGAUCCUGCUAAACGUAAAUUUAAGUGGAUACUACAGGGUGAACUAUGAUCAAGUAAACUUAAAAAGAUUGGCACGCUUGCUUGAAAAUGAUCCAAAGGCUAUUCCCGCUGUCAACAGGUUCCAGCUGAUAGAUGAUGUUUUUGCAUUAACACAGUUUGGAUACAUUCAGAUUGAAACAGCACUUGAACUAACAAAGUACCUUGACAGAGAGGAUGAACUCUUUAUAUGGAAUAUGGUAUUGUUAAACCUAGUACCGGAGAACUUGGAAGGUACUCUGAAGAACUAUGAAGUAUAUCCACUUCUAAAGAAAUACCUUUUAAAGAGAAUGUUGCCAAUAUACCAUUAUUAUGCAGGUUUUAUUCGUCGAAAUGUUGAUGCUUUGGAAGAUGACUAUUUUGCUCAAGUAUAUUUGGAAAAACUUUUUACAACAGCGUGCUGGCUGGGCCUCCAGGACUGUUUGGACCUGUCAUCGGAACUGUAUGCUAAGUGGAUGGACAAUCCUGAGUACAAUAUUCCCUUUUUAAUUAGAAGAACUGUCUGCUGCUAUGGUGUUGCAACGGGAAGUGAUAAAGAAUGGAAUUUUGCAUGGGAAAUGUAUAACCAUACUGACUCCACAAAGGAAGAUAAAGACAUCCUGCUCUCUGCCAUGAGCUGUGCCAAAGAGUCAUGGUUACUUUACAGAUACUUGCAAUAUGGACUCAGCGAUACAUUAUUUUCUUCCAAUUGUACUUCAGUCAUCAUCCUAUAUGUUGUGACUAAGGAUAUUGGGCACCGUAUAGCCUGGGAAUUUGUUAUGGAAAACUGGCCACGUUUAAGUGUAAGGUAUGGGAAGGAGUUGUUACAUGAUGUAUUAAGAGUCAUGGGAAGAUUUGUCAAUACAGAUGUACAGAUCCAAGAGGUUUUUUAUAACACUACACUGGAAGAGGAUGAGAGAGCAGCUGCUACUCUACUACUGGAGUUUACAAAAGUUGAAAAUAUGGAAAGGAGAAAACUACUAAUCAAAGUUGCCAACUGGUUACAGAAGAAUGUAGAUGAUUGACUUGGAAAACAAUUUCCAGUAUAUUUUAGAGUGUGAUUCACUAACAUUUUGGAAUUCUUUUUAGGAUGUAAUUAAAAAUAAAGCACAUGAGUCCUGUGGUCCUCCCAACUAGAAAGUCAGGCUAAAAUAAUUCACAAAGAAAAGAAAGAUUCAACAAAAGAAAGGAGAGAUAUAUUUUUUGUAUUAUAUCCAAAUUAAUUUCCUUCUGGAUGACUUGUUAGUAGGGAUGCAUUGCUAAUAACAAUGUAACAUAUAGAUACAGUCCUAAAUCCUUAGUUUUUUCUGAAUAUCAGAAUGAAAGGUGUGGUACAAAUUUGUGGCAGAAAAAAAAACCAAACCAAACCAAAACCAUGAGGAAGCUGAUAAAGUUUUAUAUUCUGUUUAGCUUAUGAUUUUGUGCUGGUUUUGAAUGUGCUAGAGUAAUUUUUCUUCAUAGUAGCAUGUAUGAGGCUAUAUUUCAGAUUUGUGCUGGAAGCAGUAUUGAUAAUAUGGGGAUAUUUUAGUUACUGCUGAGCAGUGCUUACACAGAGUCAAGGCCCUUUCUGCUCCUCACCCCAUCCUACCAACGAGCAGGCUGGGGGUGCAGGAGAAGCUGGGAGGGGACACAGCUGGGACAGCUGACCCCAACUGACCACAGGGAUAUUCCAUACCAUAUGACGUCAUGCUCUGCAUAUAAACUAGGCGGAAAGUUGGCCGGGGGGCACUGCCUGGGGAUGAGCUGGGCUUCAGUUGGUUGGUGAUGAGCAAUUGUUUUUCAUUUGCAUCGUUUGUCUUUCUUGGGUUUUCUUUCUUUCUUUCUUUCUCUUUUUUGUUAG